ACAAUACGGAGAAGGUGGGCAAGGAUAAAAAGAUUGAAAGAAAUGAGUGGCAUGGGUUGGGAUAACAACCUUAAAAUGAUUGUAAUGGGCGAGGCAGAGUACAGAGACUAUGUUCAGAUUCACCCUCAAGAUGAGCCAUACUUGAACAAAACAAUUGAAGAUCAUGAUCUUUUGGAGGCCAUAUGUGGUAAUGACCAAGCCACAGGUCGUUAUGCUGUUCAAUUUGGAAAUACUAUUGGCACACAGAUGGACUACAACACCGAGCCAGAAGCAGUUCCCCCUACUGAACAAUACAAUGAAUUUUCUUUUGGGGAGACAAGUGCACAUGGUAAUACUUCGCCAUUGAUCCAUAAUCCUGGCAAUAACUCUGAUCCCACAUCAGCAACAAGCCCAUAAAGA